AUGGUCCGUUACGCUGCUCAGGACAUUCCGGCCGCUAAGAGCGCCCGCGCUCGGGGCUCUUACCUCCGUGUCAGCUUCAAGAACACCCGUGAGACCGCUCAGGCUAUCAACGGCAUGAAGCUGCAGCGUGCCCUUACCUUCCUCACCAACGUCACCGAGAAGGCUGAGGCCGUCCCCAUGCGUCGGUACGCUGGCAGCACCGGUCGCUGCGCUCAGGGCAAGCAGUGGGGUGUCAGCAAGGCUCGCUGGCCCGUCAAGUCCGCCGAGUUCCUUCUCGACCUCCUCAAGAACGCUGAGGCCAACGCCGACACCAAGGGUCUCGACACCGGCAACCUUGUUGUCAAGCACAUCCAGGUCAACCAGGCUCCCAAGGGUCGCCGCCGUACCUACCGUGCUCACGGUCGUAUCAACCCCUACAUGACCAACCCCUGCCACAUCGAGCUCAUCCUCACCGAGGCUGAGGAGACCGUCGCCAAGGCCGCCGAAAACAAGGAGGUCCGCCUCAGCUCCCGCCAGCGUGGUGCUCAGCUCCGCCGUGCUCUCAUUGAGGCAUAA